UUAUCUGAGCAAACUGUGAACGUCUAUUUCUGGUCGCAUGCGGCAUUUCAAGUGGAUUUAUACUACAUUUUGGCCAUAACGCCGAAUUUCUGUGACGAUUUGCUUAUCUGUCUGCUCAGCUCCCUGACUGCCAGGCCCCCAAAGUUUUACUGGUUUAUUCGAAACGGACAUCACUCACUGACAAAGUCUUCGCUUGAUUGCCGCAACUCCCCGCCCCCCACUUUAUUAAACGCGAUCCCUUUUCCUCCGGUUAGCGAUAGAUCCCUGAGAAAGAUAGGGAACGGAUCUACAGGACCAUGA